AUGUAUCUUAAACCAUUAAGAAAACGCGCGAAGCGCACCAAGAAGGUGGGGAUCGUGGGUAAAUAUGGCACGCGUUAUGGCGCAUCGCUGAGGAAGAUGGUGAAGAAAAUUGAGAUCUCCCAGCACGCGAAAUACACCUGCUCAUUCUGUGGCAAGACCAAAAUGAAGAGGAGGGCUGUGGGUAUCUGGCACUGCGGAUCCUGCAUGAAAACCGUGGCCGGUGGCGCCUGGACUUACAACACAACUUCUGCCGUGACCGUAAAGUCUGCGAUCAGGAGGCUGAAGGAGUUGAAGGACCAGUAA